UCUCCCUGUGGUGCCCCAAAUAUCAGCAUGGUGGCAUCCUGCAGGACAUGUUCCGGGAAGACGACAGAGACGAACUUUCCAAAUACCAUCGAGAAUUCCUACUCCCAGCAGGAAGAGACCAAGCAGAAUAUCAGAGCCAGCAAAAAUAGGCUGCUUAUGAGCCAGGUGGCCUACUUCCUGAACUACCAGCUGAAGACAUACAAAGAUCGAAAAGAUCAUGAUGAAAAACAGAAAUGCAGAGACAACAAAAAUAAACUUCUUAUGAGUCAAGUGGCCUACUACCUGGGCUGCCGGCUGAAGACAGAAAUCCCUGGCUUUUUGUGUUCUGCCCCAAAUGUCACCAUGGUGGCAUCUGACAGGCCUCCUUCCAGAACAAACACAGAGGUGAACAUUCCAGAAGGCAUUGAGAAAUCCUGCUGCCAACAGGAAGAAAACAAACCGACUUUCGGAGCCAGCAAAAAUAGACUUCUUAUGAGUCAGGUGGCCUACUUCCUGAACUACCGGCCGAAGACAUACAAUGAUCGAAAAGAUCACAAUGAAGAACAGAAAUGCAGAGACAGCAAAAAUAAACUUCUUAUGAGUCAAGUGGCCUACUACCUGGGCUGCCGGCUGCAGACGGAAGGUAAGUUCUAUAGGGUCACUGUCACAAAAGUGCUGAACAAUGUCCUGUCUUCUUUCGGAGAAAUGAUACACUCUCUUCUUCAAACUUAA